GUUGCGCACUGGUCAGAGUUGGCUGUCAUUAACUUCUGGAGGUGCAGAGCAAUGGACAGCAGCCAACAAUGCAUUGACAAAAGGAAUCACUAUUUUCAAGAAAGCUGUCACUGAGCUGUCUGAAGGGUCCGUCAGCGAGACGACCAAGAAUGCAGCCUUUUCGGGCGCCUUGCAUCUAGCUCAGGGCCUAUGUCUCACAGGGAGCUGGGAUGGGGCUGUCCAG